UGUGCCACAUUAACGACCUUAGUUCUUUUCAAAUAUUGUUAUCGUGAAAGAUAUUGUCGCCAUCGAGACACACGAUUAAAUCACAUUUCGUAUUGACAAUCAUCGUGUUGGUCGUGUGUUUCUCCUCAAUAAUGGAAACUAAAAUUAAAGUCAAAUUUUCACAAGUGAAAUACCAGUACAUUACCAUCCUAGGAGUUAGUAUAAUCAGUCUCUGUCACGGAUUCGCUGUCGGCUGGCUCUCUUCGGCCGUACCCAUAUUGAAAUCCGAAGACACACCAUUACAGAGUGGUCCUUUAACUGUACAACAAACAAUGUGGCUGGGUGGUGUAUACUCCUUAGGUGGAGCGAUUGGUAGUGGUGUGUUUGGAAUAUUGGUCAAUUAUUUCGGACGAACAACGUCGAUGUCGCUACUGGCGAUACCGAACUUUACAUUUUGGUUUACCGUCCUCUUUGCUAACAAUUUCAAUCAGCUUGUUGUUGGGCGUUUCUUUGCUGGCAUUAGUGGCGGCCUUUGUGUGUGUGUUCCUUUAUUUGUUGCUGAAAUUGCGAACAAGGAGAUUCGAGGAUUCCUCGGUUUAAUGGGACCUCUAAUCAGUGCAGUUGGAAUGCUGUUUUCGUAUAUUUGUGGCGCAUUCGUUGAAUACAGAUCGGUGCCAUAUUGUAUGAUGGGAUUUCCGGUUUUAUUUUUUGUUGCAAUGCUUUUCACACCAGAAACGCCACAUAAGCUAAUUGUGAAAGGCAACCUUCAGAAGGCUGAACGCUCGAUGAUAUUUUACAACAAUGGAAAUUGUAUUGACAGCAACGGAUACGACGUUAAAGCCGAAUUGGACAAACUCAAAGAAGUAGUCGAACAGCAAAAAGAAGACAGGAAGAAAAGCAGUUUCAAAUUAAUCUUUAGGAAAGACUCUUUCAGAGGACUUUUGAUUGGGAUAUCAUUGGUUGCUGUUAGUGUAUUCAGUGGAAUCAGUGUGAUGACAGCGUAUGCCGCACAGCUCUUCAUAGAUUCAGGAGCGAAUUUCGACGCAAAUCUGUCGGCAAUUAUUAUUGGCAUUUUGCAAGUGUGCGGAAUUUAUGCAUCUUCAAUGUUGGUCGAUAGAAUUGGACGACGAAUCCUAUUAGGAAUAUCUUCUUUGAGCGCAGCGAUUGCAAUAUUCGUUUUUGGGACUUUUUCUUAUUUGGCGAAACAGGGAUUUGAUCUUACCUCUGUUGAUUGGAUACCAGUUGCGAGUGCAUCAUUUUACACGUUUGUUAUUUGUGUGGGCGUCAAACCCAUGCCAUACCUAUAUGUGGCUGAAAUUUUGCCAGGAAAUACACGACAUAUUGGCCUAUCAAUCUGUAUGGUGUCGCUGACUCUGUUUUCUACCACGGCAGUCUUUACGUUACCAAUACUCGUCGACUUAUUUGAAUUGCAUGCUGUUAUGUGGACAUAUGGAUGCACCUGCUUACUCGGUACUCUUUUUAGUGUUUUUGUGAUGAGCGAAACAAAAGGAAAAAAUUUAAAUAAAAUUUGAAGUGGACACCAGG